AUGUUUACAGCAGUAAACCGCCCUCGCACCCCAAACAUUCAGUAUAACGCCCAGUACGGGUUUUCCUACGCCUGCACCGAAGAGUCUCCGACCAUAGAUCUUACCGAGUCAAAGUCUACGCAGGAUGAAGGUUACAUAACAGACAAAGCCACAGAGCCAGACGCUCGAUGGAUGAUUCCCAAAGGCAGGCGUGGCAGAGAACAUACGGAAGGCAUUACAAGAAGUAUUCUCUCAGAAGAAUCCAUUGAGAGAACUUCCAAACGCAAAGCUCCGCCACUUCAAAAAGCCUUUCCUAAGAAGCAGCGGAACGUCAAAUCACCUCCAUGUUUGGAUACGUUUCAAUUACCACCUCCAGCGAUUGAUUACAAGCAACCAGCACCAUCGAACGACCGAUAUAGCAACCCCAUCGGACGAAGUAUCGAGAAGGAAGAUUUCAUCUCAACAUUCGAUGACAAUGGCAUUUUCGUCUUGGGACGUAGCGGCAAGAAGAGUCAAUGCUGUCAAUCAAACUCAAUUUCUCAUUCAAUUCCAGCAAAGUUUCAGACUUUUGGGCUAAAUACCAGUAAUGAGCAACAACCAGCAAGCUCAGACCACGAAUUCCAGCAACAGAUGGUGACGGAAAACACCGCAAGGAGUAUCCCCAGAGUAUACCCAUACUCAAUCUCGUCCAGCAACAAACUUCCUCCGAUUUUGCAACCGAUUUCUCGGCAAAGCCACGAGCCACAAGCAGAACUCUCUCAACUUAACCAACAAACCGAGUGUGUAAGCGACCGGGAAAUACAAGCUCAUCUGUCUCGUCGUCAGUGCGUUCUCCCACGGCCCACCAAAGAGCAACUAGAACAAGUCAAAAACGCGCUUCAUGAGGUACUUGAAAGCCAAAUAAAACUACGCCCAAUACCUCAAAACGAGGGGCAACUGAGUACACAGAUACAAAAACAUCAAAGGUCACAAUGGUAUUAUAAAGGGGAAUUGUUGAAAGCUGCAGAGCCAGAAGAGUCUUUUAACAAAGAGUCCGUUCCAACAGAUGUAAAUACCACUUUCAUUUUCCCCCAGUAUUAGCACAGUUGAUGAGAAGACUUGCUAACACUGGUAGUGGACAUCCUCGUUGGCCAAAAGCAGAAAGGGGUCAGUCGCCACAAGUAAUUUCAUUGAGCAAAAUGGGGAGAGGAUGCAAAGACUGCGCGCUGCCGAAUCGUCAAAACAUACUUACUUCUGGAGGAAAAUUGAUGAAAUGAGGUUUUGA